AAGGUGACUGCACAAAUUGGGGGAAAAUAGUUGCUAAGUCCAUUCAAGGAAAAAGGGUCUAAAUAAUUCUUGGCUUUGCAUUCAUUGGUGUCAGGUCAAUAACUGAGGAAGGAGACAUUUUGUGCAUGGAGGGCAAUGAGCUAAUAGCCAUGAGGUCAAGUUCGUAGAUGAAUUGGUUAGAAACCCAUUGAAGCAAGCAAAUCAGGAUGCCAAAGUGCAAGCAUCUCAAUCUUGUAAGGGUCCGACCAAACAACAAAAUUGAAGCUGGUUUGCCCUUUUCUCCAUCCAUAAACAAUGAGGUUGAGCCAAGCCAACAAUCUGCUCCAUUUGGAAACAAUGAGGGUUAGUCAAUUCAUCAACAUGCUGUCCUAGAAGAAACAGAAUCUAGAGCACCAUCUCCACCACCUAGGAAGCCAAGAGGUCCAACAUUGAUUUCCCACAUAUGGGAGUUGGAUAAAAGUGUCAAGGUUAAUGUCAUAUUUGAUGCAAAUUGCCACCCAGUUGGUAAAGAAGGCUGCACCUUAACUCAAUUCCUUGGUACUGUUGCAAGAAAAGCAGAUGUUGCACCUAUUAGCUACAUGGAAUGGAGGGAUAUGCCUCAAAUUUAUAAGGAUGACAUGUGGAAGAUUAUUGAGUCCAAGUUCCUUAUUGAGGAAAGCCGCAAGGAGCAAAUCAAGAGUUGGAUUAUGACCGAUGUAAAUGAAAAAUGGAAAAGUUAUAAAAAUGAGCUAAAAAGCGCAGGAUUUGAUCCGUUGCUAAUAGUAGAUGAAAUGUAUGAAAAAAUUAAUGAUCCUCGAGUUGAUAAGGAGCAAUUUCAUGUGCUUGUUGAAUAUUGGCGUAGUGAGAAGGGAGAGGUAUGACAAUUUUGCUAUGCUAUUGACAUUUUUCCUAAUUUUCUGUUAUCACAAAUAAUUGCUACUUUUCGUUUUCUUCUAGAAAAUUAGCAAACGGAAUAAAGAAAACAGGCAAAAACUUGAAGAGCCCUAUUGCCUAGGCACUAGGACUUUUGCACGAUUUUUCAAUGAGAAGGUGAUUUUUUUUGUUCAAGCUACUUUAUUAAAAAAGCAGUUUACAUGCUUUACUGUCAAAGUCAAUGUGGUAUUUAAUUAUUUACUGCUUGCUUGCUAAAGAAAGAAAGCCAUCAAGAGCUGAACUCUACAUUUAAAGUCGAAUGAAAAAGGAUGGGGGACCUAUAAGUGAAAAGGCAAGCCAAGUGAUGGUUAGUAAACACAUAAAUUCUAU